AUGGCAGCCAAUACGGAAAUGAAAUAUGUCCGGCUGGGCAACUCGGGCCUCAAAAUCUCCAAGAUUAUCCUAGGAUGCAUGUCCUACGGCUCCAAGGAAUGGCAGGACUGGGUGCUGAACGAAGACGAGGCCCUUCCACUGAUUGAGCAUGCCUACAAGCGCGGCAUCAACACGUGGGAUACGGCAGAUAUCUACUCCCACGGCCUCUCUGAAGAAAUCCUCGGCAAGGCUCUGCGGAAGUACUCGAUCCCGCGCCACCGCGUGGUCAUCCUCACCAAAUGUUACUUCGGCGUCGACGACAUGGGCAACAUGCCGCCGAUCUCCGCCUGCGGCCGCAACGACGGCGACUGGGUGAACCGCGUCGGGCUGUCGCGCAAACACAUCUUCGACGCGGUCGACGCCAGCGUCAAGCGCCUCGGCACGUACAUCGACGUGCUGCAGAUCCACCGGCUGGACCGCGACACCCCGCGCGAGGAGAUCAUGAAGGCGCUGAACGACGUCGUCGACAGCGGCAAGGUGCGCUACAUUGGCGCCAGCACUAUGGCAGCCUGGGAAUUCCAAGCCCUCCAGAACAUCGCCGCCCGCAACGGCUGGCACCAGUUCAUCUCCAUGCAGAACUACCACAAUUUGCUCGCCCGCGAGGAAGAGCGCGAGAUGAUCCCCUACUGCCUCGACGCGGGCGUCGGCCUCAUCCCCUGGUCGCCCAUGGCGCGCGGGGUCCUCGCCCGCCCCUGGGCCGCCCGCGCCUCCGUGCGCGAGUCCACCGACGCCGCGCUGAAGCUGCUCGUGCGCGGCCGCGAGUCCGACUCCGACCGCGCCAUCGUCGAGCGCGUCGAGGAGAUCGCGCGCCGCAGGGGCGUCACCAUGGCCCAGGUGGCGAUCGCCUGGGUGCUCAGCCAUCCCAAUGAGAAUCCGAUUCUGGGGCUGGCGAGUAAGGAGCGGAUUGAUGAGGCUGUUGCCGCGGUGGAGCUACGGCUGGAGCCGGACGAGAUUGCGUAUCUUGAGGAGCCGUAUGUUCCGAAGACGUUGACGGCUCUGGAGCGGUGA